AAAAAAGAAUCCAAAUGAGGCGGAUAAGGCGACAGUGCCGCUCACCGGUCCCACGUGCCGGCGCCCGCGCGCAGCCAACCGCCGCCGAACGAAGCGCGCUCCGGCAAGCAACUGGCCGCGGCGCGCCCUGACGUCCGCCGUCUCCGGCACCCGAUGGGCAUCUGAACCGCGGAGGUCUCCACCACACCCCUUGCGUGGCUUCCGUAGUCCGUAGGCACACUUCCCUUCAAAGCCACUGCUUCGUCUUCCUCUACUUAAGCGCACGCCGCCCCGGUUCCUGCCCUGUACUCGCAGCUGGGAGCUCGCCUCUUCUUCCUGAGGAGGUGUUGGAUGGUGGAUGCAUGACACACUCGUUGCAUUAAUUCUUACAAGUGGGGGCCUAUGGGUUUCAUGGAAGCAUCCUCUGCUACAAUCUUCUGCCUCUUGCUUCUAUCCUGCCUGGGUUCCAGAUGUCUGGCAUCAGAACUAGUGGCCACCCAAGUAGCAACCCUCAAGGUUGAUGCCUCGCCGCAGUCAGCCCGAAAGAUACCAGAAACACUAUUUGGGAUAUUUUUCGAGGAGAUCAAUCAUGCAGGAGCUGGUGGGAUAUGGGCAGAGCUUGUUAGUAACAGAGGUUUUGAAGCUGGAGGCCCACAUACUCCGUCAAAUAUUGACCCAUGGUCCAUCAUUGGAGAUGACUCUUCUGUAUUUGUGGCGACUGAUCGUACCUCAUGUUUCAGUCGAAACAUUGUUGCUCUGAGAAUGGAGGUCCUCUGUGAUGACUGUCCUACUGGUGGUGUUGGUAUUUACAACCCGGGGUUCUGGGGCAUGAAUAUAGAAGAUGGAAAGGCCUACAAUCUUGUUAUGUACGUUAAAUCAGCAGAAACAACAGACUUGGCAGUUUCGCUAACAAGUUCUGAUGGUUUGCAAAACCUGGCUUCAGCUGCAAUUACAGUUUCUGGUACAUCAAAUUGGACAAAAGUGGAGCAGAAGUUGGUUGCUAAAGGAACCAAUAGAACCUCAAGGCUUCAAAUAACAACUAACAAGAAAGGAGUUGUAUGGUUUGAUCAAGUAUCACUCAUGCCUGAAGACACAUACAAGGGACAUGGUUUCCGGACAGAACUUAUAUCCAUGCUUUCGGAUUUGAAACCACGAUUCUUGAGAUUCCCUGGAGGCUGCUUCGUAGAAGGUGAUUGGUUAAGAAAUGCAUUCAGGUGGAGAGAAUCUAUUGGUCCAUGGGAAGAGAGGCCUGGACACUUCGGGGAUGUUUGGCAUUACUGGACUGAUGACGGCCUUGGAUAUUAUGAAUUUCUUCAGCUUGCUGAGGACCUGGACGCUGCCCCAAUCUGGGUAUUCAACAAUGGAGUUAGCCACAACGAUGAAGUUGAUACUGCUGCUAUUGCUCCAUUUGUAAAGGAUGUAUUGGACAGUCUAGAAUUUGCAAGGGGGAGUGCAAAUUCAACAUGGGGCUCUGUUCGUGCUGCAAUGGGGCACCCUGAACCAUUCCCAGUGAAAUAUGUUGCGAUUGGAAAUGAAGAUUGUGGGAAAAAAUUUUACCGCGGUAAUUACCUCAAGUUCUACAAUGCUAUAAGGCAGGCCUAUCCAGAUAUUCAAAUGAUUUCAAACUGUGAUGGUUCAUCUAGACCACUUGAUCAUCCUGCUGAUUUAUACGACUUCCAUGUCUAUACCGAUUCUAAAACUUUGUUUAACAUGAGGAACACCUUUGACAGAACAUCUCGUAGUGGACCGAAGGCUUUUGUGAGUGAGUACGCUGUUUGGAGAAGUGAUGCAGGUAGAGGAAGUCUUCUUGCUUCAUUGGCAGAAGCUGCUUUCCUUACCGGGCUGGAGAUGAACAGUGACAUUGUUCAUAUGGCAAGUUACGCUCCACUGUUUGUAAAUGACAACGACAGAACAUGGAACCCAGAUGCUAUCGUCUUCAACUCGUGGCAACAUUAUGGAACUCCUAGUUACUGGAUGCAGACGCUGUUCCGUGAGUCCAGCGGUGCUAUGAUUCAUCCAAUUACAGUCAGUUCCAGCUACUCUGGUUCGCUCGCAGCAUCUGCAAUUACUUGGCAGGAUUCAGAGAACAGCUUCCUAAGAGUAAAGGUUGUAAACUUUGGAUCAGAUGCUGUUAGCCUCACAAUUUCCACAAGUGGACUUCAGGCUAGUGUUAAUGCUCUGGGAUCAACCUCCACUGUCCUCACAUCCGGGAAUGUGAUGGAUGAAAAUUCUUUCAGUAACCCAACCAAGGUGGCGCCGGUGAAGAGCGAGCUGAGCAACGCUGCAGAGGAGAUGCAGGUCACGCUGGCUCCUCACUCCUUCAGCGCGUUCGAUCUCGCGCUGGCGCAGUCCAAGCUUGUCGCGGAGAUGUGAGAUAGUAACACCCAUACACGACUGGAGAGUGGUAGAUGAGGAAUAUGCAUGGUAACAUCUUGAUAAUGCUUCGUAUAGUGUAAGACGAUGCAGAUACUAAAUAAAAUCACGUCAGGUUUGUUUGCUGCUGGUUGAUCUGCUCUCUGCAGAGAUUUGCUUUA